GCGAGCGGCCAUAUUUUAGUUUUUCUGUUGUUUUUAUUGUCAUUUUUUUCCUUUUUCACUGCAAAUUUGAUAGUUAAUCGACUUUUUUAUGUUUUUACUGUGAAGUUUUUAUUUUGUUAUAUAUUGUUUCUUGCCUUUUUCCCAAAAACCUGAAUGGAGCACACGAAAAAGUUCAAAUCAUUAAAUCUUCACGGGUUUGAUCGAAGUACAGAGGAUUACGGAAAACGACCUUUUGUACUAACUGCCAAGCUACUUGAAGAUCAGAAGAAAGCUAUUUACGGAUGUGCAUUCAAUCAAUACGCAGGAAUAGAUGAGGAACAAGCGGUUGCAACUGUCGGAGGAAGCUUUCUUCACAUGUAUUCUGUUCCCAUCGACAUAAAUAACAUUGAGCUGCAGUGGUCUUGUAAUUUUCCUACCGAUAAAUCAUCAAAGGUCGAACGAGAGGAGUCGCUCUUCACUGUUACCUGGUGUUACGACACAUAUGAAGCUGAAAACGACCGAAAUCCCUUUAAAGUUGUAACGGGUGGAACUUUGGGUCACAUUUACGUUAUCGACUACGUCUCGAGGAAGCUGUCGAAUCGUCUUCGGAGUGUUGGAUGGGAAAUCAAUGACAUUCGUACGUGUCCUGCCAACUCAAAUCUGAUUGUCUGUGCUUCAUCAGAUCAAUCUAUCCGGAUUCAUCAUAUUCGAAACGAAGCAUGUCUGAUUGUUAUUGGGGGUCUCGAGUGUCAUGCUGGAACAAUUCUUUCUGUGGAUUGGUCAACCGACGGAGACUUCAUUUUAUCGUGUGGAUUCGAUCAUCAACUCAUGGAGUGGGAUUUAUCUGUGAAACAAGUAAAGGAACAUUUGGAACGAGCGUGCAAAGCUCUUCACCAAGAUAAAAUAAAUGUGCUAACACAAUCACAAGAUAUUCCGUAUGUUUCGAAAGGAACAAUGAGAAAGUCUGCAGUUUCUCGCAACAUUCCCGACAAAGAAGAAGAUCAAUUGCUCGAACUUCACAGAGAGCUCAUACCCCGACCGAGCUGCCUUCUUCCAAUUUAUACUCCAUCCUCCGUAUCAACUGAUAUGCAUUCUGAUUAUGUGGAUUGCAUUCGAUUUCUUAUCGGUACUAACUACGCACUAUCAAAAGGAUGUGGCAAUGAAAAGGCAAUUCAUUUUUGGAGAUUUGGGCCACCUAAGGGAGAAGUUGAAAAUCGCAUUCAUGGAAAUGUUCUCCGUCCAAAGUCGUGUACAACGAAAUUUCGUACAAUGAAUGUUCCGAGUGGUUCUGCAUGGUUUAUCAAAUUCGCCGUUGAUCCAAGAAGACGAUGGCUGGUGUGCGGUGGAGCUGGUGGUUCUGUGAUGUUUUUCGAUUUGAGAAAUAAUGAAGAAACCAAUCCGACUCACACUUGUUCCGUUGGCUCACGUACAGUUCGGCAAGCUUCUUUCUCUACAUGUGGCCGAUUCCUAGUACUAGUAACUGACGAAGGAUUUGUUUGUCGAUUUGAUCGUGUAUCUGCGUCUGUCGACGCUAAGGACCUGGCAAAAUUUUGAAUAUCAUUCCUUCUCACCUUCAAUUUUUUAUAUCUCGUUGUGAUUUCAUCUUCGAUCAUCUUCAGUGGAUUUUACAUUACAAUUUUGCAGUUCCUAAUGUCAUCCCCAACCUCCUCUAAGGAUUAUUCUUCACCUAAACAUAG